AUGGCUUGGAAGUUAGGGCCAGCUCUUGCUGCAGGUAAUACUAUCGUGCUUAAGCCUGCAGAGCUGACGCCAUUGUCAGCCCUACGUGUUGGUGAGCUCAUUGUCGAAGCUGGCUUCCCCAAAGGAGUGGUGAAUAUCGUUCCAGGCACUGGUGCCAUUGCCGGACGCCACUUAGCACAACAUCCGAAAGUUGACAAAGUUGCAUUCACGGGGUCCACUAAGACCGGCUACGAGAUUAUGCGCACGUCGCAUGUAAACAAUCUUAAGCGUAUCUCACUGGAGCUUGGCGGUAAGUCGGCCAACAUCAUCCUUGAUGACGCUGACAUCGACCUUGCAGUUCAGCAGUCACAUCUUGGUGCAUUCCAUAAUAAGGGUGAGAUCUGCAUUGCUGGAAGUCGUGUGUACGUGCAAGAAGGCAUCUAUGAUGAGUUUGUACGUCGCUCCGUCGAGGCCGCAAGUGCACGUGUAGUGGGUAAUCCGUUCAGUGCUGCCACUCAGCAAGGACCACAGAUCAGCAAAAAUCAGUUUGAUACAAUUUUACGAUAUGUGGAAAAAGGUGUCAAGGAGGGAGCUCGUUUGUUGACUGGAGGCAAGCGUUAUGGUGACAAAG